UAAGCCAUCCAGUUGUACGUAGUUCUAAUAAUUCCAUGACUUGUUCUUCAUUCAAGCAUUCUUCGUUCGUCAUUCAUUCGCUCUUUUCUAUCUAGCGCGUUUUUACGGAAGUAAUUCGUGGUGAAAACAAAUUCACAAUGGUUGCGGCCAAGAAACAGAAAAAGACCAUCGAGUCUAUCAACUCCCGCCUGGCCCUGGUUAUGAAAUCUGGCAAAUACUGUCUUGGCUACAAACAGACACUGAAGACUCUUCGCCAGGGCAAAGCUAAACUGGUCAUCAUCGCUAAGAAUGCUCCUCCUCUAAGGAAAUCAGAAAUUGAGUACUACGCUCUCCUUGCCAAGACUGGAGUCCACCACUACAGUGGAAACAACAUUGAGCUAGGCACAGCAUGCGGAAAGUACUACAGGGUGUGCACACUCGCCAUCACCGACCCCGGUGACUCUGACAUCAUUACCACUCUGCCUGAAGCGCAGGGUUAGAUGUAUCUUCUAUCUAUAAUAUAAUUUAAAAAAACCCAA